GUCUUGAUCCAUCUUGUGUUCGGGUCUUCUUUGCUUGACAUUCAUAUGGAUAGAUAUAUAUAUAUAUAUAUCCAUAAAUUUAUAUGUUUAUCCUUUCAUUCUAAGAAAGCCUAUAAUAGAAAACAUUAUAAUGAGUAAAAUGAUGCAAUUUAUUUGGCUUUGGCUUUUCAUUUUAAAUUAUAUUCAAGCUUUACCCGAAAUUGCUGUGAAAAGACGUUGUUCACCAUUAGGAGGUUAUUGUGACCGAUCAAUUGUCCAUCCAUGUUGUAAAAACUCAGUUUGUGAACUUCAUGGAUUUGCAAACGGAACAUGUGUUAAAUGUUUAGAUGUAGAUUGGGCUUGUUUAAGUAAUUCAGAAUGUUGCAGUGGAAUUUGUCGUCUUGUAAAAUGUCAACCAAAGAAGAAAAUUAAAAUUAGUGUUUAUUGAAAUUCAUAAGAAAUGUAUAUUUAAAUACAUGAAUACAUUACUUUAGAA